AUGGGUCAGAAGAUCUCCAAGAUGAUGAAUCAGAUCUUCGGAUCGAAAGAGAUGCGCCUGUUGAUGUUGGGACUGGACGCAGCCGGCAAGACGACCAUUCUCUACAAACUCAAGCUCGACACGGACGUCACAACCAUUCCCACAGUCGGAUUCAACGUUGAGACGGUCACCUACAAGAACACAAAAUUCAAUGUCUGGGACGUUGGCGGUCAGGACAAGAUUCGCCCGCUCUGGAGACAUUACUUCUCCGGCACACAGGGCCUCAUCUUCGUCAUUGAUAGCAACGACCGUGACAGACUCGAGGAGGCAAGAAGUGAAUUGGCGCGAAUCAUACAAGAUCGCGAAAUGAAGGAUGCAUUGCUGUUGGUGUUUGCGAACAAGCAGGACAUUCCCGGUGCGAUGCGACCAAAAGAGGUUUCGGAUGCGCUCGACCUGCAGCGGAUAGCUAAGGACCACACCUGGAAAGUCGAGCCCAGCUGUGCGACAACCGGGGAGGGCAUCUUCGAAGGCCUGGCAUGGUUGAGCAGCAACGUCAAGCUGCCGGCGAAAUGA